AUGGCGACGACGACGUCGUCGCACGGCGCGAAACCGCCCCUCGCGCCGCGCCUCCCACCGCCGCCGUCACCCUCCCCGCUCGCGGUCGUCGUCGGCGUCUUCGCGAUCGCGGCGACGACCGCGUGCCUGUACGUCCAGGUGUUUCUCGGGGCCCCCGAGACGAUCGCCGGGCGAUCGCUGGGCGCGGGGAACGCGUCGUCGACGUCGUCGCGUUUCGGCGGCUCGGACGCGUCCUCGCCGGCGCCCGGGAAGAUCCCGACCGGGCUCGGCCUCCCCGUGAUCGUGCUCGGCCUGCCCAAGACGGGGACGACGAGUUUGGGCGAGUACUUCGACUGCGCGGGACUCAAGUCGUCGCACUACGAGUGUCCCGACGCGAGGCACGACGGGAACGCCGACGCGUGGUGCGGCGUGUGCGUCAAGAAUAACGUCGACGCGCGCGCUCCGCCGAUGAGAGGCUGCGGCGAGUACGACGUGUGGGCGCAGCUGGACUUCACCGGGCGCCCGAACGCGGGGUCCGCGCCGGGCUUGAGCCCGGGCGACGUGUGCUUCUUCCCGCAAAUCAGCGCGCUGUCGGAGAUCUCGAAUCAGGCGCGUUCUAUCUCACACUGGUCCCCAUACGACCGCGUCGGCGUGGUGAACGCCGUUCCUUUAUUAAGGACAUUUCCCGGCGUGCGUUUCUCUCCGCCCGCCCGUCGCUUUCAAUCCCGACACACCGCGAUGCCUUUCAACUCCGCUUCUGACGCCUUUCAACUCCGCCCCGACAUUCAUUCGCUCGCGCGGAACGACCCUCAGUUCCCGGACGCGACUUUCGUGUUGAACCGCAGGCGAGACGUGGACAGCUGGAUCAGGUCCGUGGACGGGUGGUACGACCUCCGCGCGAGACUGCGCGACUGCGACGUCCCGGGGCUGCCGCGGGGCGCGGGCGCGGAAGGCCCGGAGGGAGACGACGCGUUGCGCGCCUUCGUCGAGGAGCACUUUCGACGCGUGCGCGCCUUCGCCUCCGCGAAGCCGAGGCACGCGCUCGUCGAGGUCGUCAUCGACGACGAGGACGCGGGGAGCGCGUUGAAGGACGCGUUCGGUUUCGAGAAGGCGUGCUGGGGGCGGGCGAACGCGAACCCGUACGGCGGGCGGGAGGAAGACGUCGACGGGGAGGGGGAGGACGAGAGCGCGCGGUGA